AUGGACGAAAAGCAGACGCCCGAAACCACAGUAAAAGUACAAAAGAUUGACACUAUUGUACAGGAUGAACCUACAGUAGCAUCUAAUACAGUCAUAUCUACAACUGUCUUGAACAACUACGAAGAUGGUCUGGUUGAUAUGCGCAUGUCACCACCAGAUAUGGGUGCAACCAUGUCAUUAUCAUCAUCACAAUCCAUCUUGACUGAACAGAUUCAUCCUCAACCUAAUUCAUGGAUGGAAAGCAUUCCCACUGCAACGUCCAUGGCAGAUCUGACUGUAUCAGCUACUGAUUUGCCUUUUCAUUCAGUCCGUACUCUGCAGCGACAUUGGAACAUUCAUGUUAUAGCACAAGAGUAUCCAUCCGAUCUCAGUCCAGGUCUAAAUAGCAUAUCGCUUCAUGCUGUUCAUUGCAACUUUACAACAUUCGAAUCCAUGGCAGACAUCGAUCCACCCUUGCACAUGGACCAGGAAAACUUGAAAAAUAUAAGACUAUACAUCAAAUUUGUAGCAGAUGAUCAGAAUGUUGGUGAGCGAUCUUACUGUCUGCAGUGGUCUCAUCAGCAUGUGGAAGAUGUCGGUGAUCAUGAUCGGUUUGAAGCCAUCGUGUUGUAUCAACGUCGGAUUGAAGCCUUUCGUGCUUUGGGUCAUAUUUUUGGAAUUGUAUUUGAAUUGCAGCAACAGGCUCGAUUUUCUCUUCAGCCCGUUUGGACAUCUCAGGCACAAUUUGAAUCAAUAGGAGCCAUGAUUGAUUGUAGUCGUGCUGCCGUGAUGCGUUUAGAAGGUGUUCUUUAUAUGCUUAGAAAUUGUGCCUUGAUGGGAUUGAAUACUUUUCAAUUAUACACAGAAGACACCUAUACAAUUCCUGGCGAACCUUUCUUUGGGUUCUAUCGAGGCGUAUUUACUCAAGCAGAAAUCAAGAUCAUUGGCGAUAGUGCGUUUGAUUUGGGAAUUGAAGUGUUUCCGUGUAUUCAAACUUUGGGGCAUUUGGGUCAGAUUUUGCAAUGGCCACCCUAUGCUCAUUUGAAAGACACAAGUGAAAUUUUACUGUCCAACCAUCCUGAUACCUAUACAUUUAUACGUAAAAUGAUUCAAGCUGCCUCAACCUCACUUUGUUCUAAGCGUAUUCAUAUUGGUAUGGAUGAAGCAAACGGCUUAGGUGAGGGAAGGUACAAGCAAUUGUUUGGUACAAAAGAAGGUACUCAGAUUUAUCUGGAACAUCUAAAGCGAGUUGCUGCUAUUUGUCACGAAGAGGGAUUAGAACCAUUGAUUUGGUCUGAUAUGCUAUUUACUUUGGCAAACAACAACGAUCCACACGCUUACCAUAGUGAUAAUGCUGUAAUGCCUGAUGUAUCACUAGAGUUUCCCAACAAUAUUCAGCUUGUCUACUGGGACUACUAUCACACCAAUCCAGAAAUAUAUCGGCUUAAAAUACAACAACAUAGGGCUUUGGGAUUUGAUCCUUGGGUUACAAGCUCGGUUUGGACAUGGAAUAGAUUCUUUGCUGCUUUACCAUUUACGUUUGAUGCUGCUAAAGCGUGUCUAUCUGCAUGCAAACAACUAUCUGUCCGUAAUGUAAUCAUCACAUUAUGGGGCGAUGAUGGAAAUGAAUGCGAUACCCUGUCAGCUUUACCUGGAUUGGCGUAUUUUGGAGAGCAGGCUUACUCGACAAACUAUGAUGUGGAUUGGAACACACUAAGACGAAAUUUUGCAGGAAUUUGUGGUGGAAGAUUGGAGGAUUGGAUUUAUGCUAGUAAGCUAGAUUCAGUGCCUGGAUCACUUGUUUGUCAUGAUCAAUUACCUCCAAACCCGUCAAAAUGGAUAUUAUGGCAAGAUUCAAUUUACAGUUUUCUCGAGUCUCAAUAUAAGGAAUACGACUUGAAAGUGCAUUUUACAGAGAUAUCCAAAUACCUCAUUUCUGCAUGUAAUGCAGAAACUACUUAUGUAUACCCUUUAAACUACCGCCUCAAAUUCCCAGCACUUCUUGCACGUGUAUUACAACUCAAGUGCAACCUUCGUGCCGAAUGUACUAAAGCGUACCGAGAUCCAACUAAUGCUCCCCAGUGUAUAAAACAGCUGAUAGAUACAGUCAUCCAACCCCUACUGCAAGCAGUAGAAGAUCUUCAUCAGUUUCACCGCGAUGAAAUUUGGCUGGCAACGUUUAAACCGUUUGGAUUAGAGGUGCUUCAAAUGCGAUAUGGAACUUUACGGAUCAGAAUAGAAACUCUACGCGAUCGACUGGCAAAAUUCUCAGAGGGUGGUAGCGGUGGUGAAAAGCAAAGAGCUUUUCCUUUGAAUGACAAUGGGAUGCCCGAGUUUGACAUAGAUGAUACGUUGCAGCCAUUUUCUGGUCAUGGUAUGGGUCUCAUGUUGGAUUUCACUCGAGCUUAUACUCCGUCGCGAGCUAUGGGGACGGGAUAG